AAAAUACUAUGGAUAAGAACUUUCAAGAAGAACCGUUUACAAGAACUAUUAAAUUCACACCUCCUUUGUACAAACAACGCUACCAAUUCAUUAAAGAUUUAGUGGGGAAAUACAAACCUAAGAAGGUGGCAGAUUUAGGAUGUGCUGACUGUACGCUUCUCUGGAUGCUGAAAUUCUGCAGUUGCAUUGAAGUGUUAGCUGGACUAGAUAUCUGUGCAAGUGUAAUGAAAGAGAAAAUGCAUAGGUUGUCUCCCCUUCCUGGUGAUUAUUUGCAACCGUCUGAAAGAUCCCUAACUGUUACCUUGCAUCAUGGUUCAGUUGCCCAUAAAGAUCCUUGCAUGCUUGGUUUUGACCUGGUAACGUGUAUUGAACUAAUAGAGCACCUGGAACAAUCAGAACUAAAGAAGUUUCCUGAAGUGGUGUUUGGUUUCAUGGCUCCAAGCAUGGUUGUGAUCAGUACUCCAAAUUCUGAAUUUAACCCGUUGCUUCCAGGAGUGACAUGCAGGCAUCCAGACCAUAAAUUUGAAUGGAACCGAGCACAAUUUCAAAGCUGGGCUCUAGAGACUGCUAGACGCUAUGAUUACUCAGUGGAAUUUACUGGUGUAGGGCACCCACCAACAGGAAUGGAGAAUGUUGGGUUUUGUACCCAGAUAGGCGUGUUUGUUAGAAAAUAUCCUCAAACCAGUGAAUCUGCUCAGUCUGAGAAACCCACUGAAACAGUUUACAAAACAGUCUUCAAAGCAGUGUAUCCAAGUCUUAAAAAUGAGAAGUACCUGCAGAAUGCAGUGGUCAGUGAAGUUAUUCUCACAGCACAAAUCAUUAAGCGAAGUCUGUCGGACCAUUUAAUGUCAGAACAUGAGGACUAUAAUGAUACUACUGAGAGAAAAUCCAAAUUCCAACCUUCAAUGAACUGUUUUUCAGAAGAUCUUGGAAAACUGGUUGUUGAAAAAAGCAUGGAACCAUUUGUCAAUGGAAAUGUGGUUUAUAUACCUCUUAAAACAAUCUUUUCUUUCCCCAAAGUGAAUCGACUUUGUGGUACCUUUGAGAAGUUAUGCAAGUUUAUUGCUGGCAAGGUCACACUGAGCAGUGAUCGUUCUGCUGUGGUGCUCAAUACUGAGCAUGAAAAUGGAGAGAAUUAGAUGACAGAUUUCUCAUACAAAGUUCAGUUAAAGUAAUGAGAGCAUUUUUUUUUA